CAACCAAGCCAUAUCUGUAGUUAAGAUUCUCAGGGUGUUGAGGGUGCUUAGGCCAUUGAGGGCAAUCAACAGAGCCAAGGGACUAAAGCAUGUUGUCCAAUGUGUGAUCGUUGCCAUCAAGACCAUUGGCAACAUCAUGUUGGUCACCUUCCUACUCCAGUUCAUGUUUGCCGUCAUAGGUGUCCAACUAUUUAAGGGUCGAUUUUUCUCCUGCUCGGACCCAUCUAAGUUAACCGAGAGUGAGUGUAAGGGGAAGUUCAUUGUCUAUGAGGAGGGGGACAUCAACAGAGCCGUAGAAAAUGACAGAGAGUGGACUAACUACGAGUUCAACUUUGAUGAUGUUAGCAGGGGAUUGCUCACUUUAUUCACCGUCGCCACCUUUGAAGGAUGGCCUAAACUGCUGUAUACCUCUAUAGACUCCCAUAAUGAAGAUUUUGGGCCCAUAUACAACUAUCGACAACCCAUUGCAAUUUUUUACUUCACCUAUAUCAUCGUCAUCGCAUUCUUCAUGGUCAACAUCUUCGUAGGUUUUGUUAUCGUCACCUUCCAGAAUGAGGGGGAACAGGAGUAUAGAAACUGUGAACUCGACAAAAAUCAGCGUAAAUGUAUAGAGUUUGCAUUGAAAGCGAAGCCUGUUAGGCGGUACAUCCCCAAGGCCCAUUUCCAGUACAAGGUCUGGUGGUUUGUCACGUCACAGCCAUUUGAGUAUGGCAUCUUCGCAUUGAUCAUCAUCAACACCAUUACACUUGCUAUGAAGUACCAUGGGCAAGGAGAUACAUAUUCAUCAGCGUUAGACUACAUGAAUAUGAUCUUUACUGGUGUCUUCGCUAUUGAAUUUUUGCUCAAGUUACUAGCGUUCCGGUUUAAGAACUAUUUUGGGGAUGCUUGGAACGUCUUCGACUUCAUAAUCGUAUUAGGCAGCUUUAUAGAUAUAAUCUAUACUGAAGUCAAUCCUGGGUCGAGCAUCAUCAGUAUCAACUUUUUCCGGUUGUUCCGUGUGAUGCGAUUGGUUAAACUGCUGAGUAGAGGAGAGGGUAUCCGAACUCUGUUGUGGACAUUCAUUAAAUCAUUUCAGGCUCUACCUUAUGUCGCACUGCUGAUUGUUAUGCUGUUCUUUAUCUAUGCAGUUAUAGGGAUGCAAAUGUUUGGAAAGAUCGGUUUGGAUCCUGACACAUCCAUUCAUAGAAAUAACAAUUUCCAAACAUUCCCACAAGCUGUAUUGGUGCUAUUCAGGUCAGCUACUGGAGAGGCGUGGCAAGAUAUCAUGCUUCGUUGCAGCACUGCAUCUGCAGCGUGUGACGCACGCUCUGAUGAUGGUGUUAAUAAAGGCUGCGGUACAUGGUUUGCCACUCCCUACUUCAUCUCUUUCUACAUCCUCUGCUCAUUUCUGAUCAUCAAUUUAUUUGUGGCUGUCAUUAUGGACAAUUUUGACUACUUAACGCGUGAUUGGUCAAUCUUGGGCCCACAUCAUCUGGAUGAGUUUGUGCGGCUGUGGUCAGAGUACGAUCCUGAUGCCAAGGGUAGAAUCAAACAUCUGGAUGUGGUUACCUUACUGAGAAAAAUAUCCCCACCUCUGGGCUUUGGCAAGCUCUGUCCUCAUAGAGUUGCUUGUAAGCGGCUGGUUUCAAUGAACAUGCCUCUGAACAGUGAUGGGACAGUAAUGUUCAAUGCCACAUUGUUUGCCCUCGUCAGAACCUCGCUCAGGAUUAAAACAGAUGGUAACAUUGACCAAGCAAAUGAAGAACUGCGGGCAGUUAUUAAAAAGAUCUGGAAGCGCACAAGCCCCAAACUGCUUGACCAAGUGGUGCCUCCUGCUGGCAGCGAUGAUGAUGUUACAGUGGGCAAAUUCUAUGCAACAUUUCUCAUCCAAGAUUACUUCAGGCGAUUCAAGAAACGCAAGGAGCAAAAUCUUAAGAUCCAAAUGGGUCAUGAACACACUAAUGCUCUUCAGGCUGGGUUGCGUGCCGUGCAUGACCUGGGCCCAGAAAUUCGUCGUGCUAUAUCCGGCAAUUUAGAGGAAGAUAAUUUCCCCGACAAUGAUAAGGAAGAACCUAUGCAUCGGCGCAAUCACAGCUUGUUUGGUACGGUCAUCUCAGCAUUUACGCCAAGCAAAGCACUGACAGCAUUUCCUAAUAGGGCAAAUUCACUUCAUGCCAAUCAGCCUGGCGGGGGGAAACCUAAACUUUCCCCAACAAACUCUAUACACCACCCUCAUCUUUCCCCAAGCAAUUCCAUCAACAGUGCUCACCCAAAACUUUCUCCACAAAACUCAUUGAAUAAUGGAGUUUCACCAGCCACCAAGGAACACCUGGCUGUUGAGUAUCGCAAUGCCAUUAAUCGCUCACCCUCCCCUGGGAUAAAUGUGCUCAGACUGUCACCUGUUACAUCAGAUGGCUCCAGGCGACCAAGUAAAUCAAGUUCACUGUCAAUAGGGGAUGGUGACGAUCCCAUGUCAAUAGAUGUGCCUUCCUACCAUAGCCCAGCUCACUCUCCAGCUGAGACCAUACCAAUGCAAAACCUUGGUUAUUCAGUGAAUAGGCCAGCAGGGAUGCCUCUAGGUUUCACUUCAGACAGAGUGCCUGAUGCUAAUGGAGGGGUCACCAGGAAACAAGGCCCCUUUGUCUAUAGAGAUUUACCUCAAGAAGAUAGCGAUGUAGAACGUGAGAGAUCACCCCCGACCCCACCGCCACGUAAAUACAGUCGACGAGGUGCCUCUUUCAAGCUGGCUUGUAUCGGAAAACAGGACAGUGACGAAAACCCACUUAUGUUGCGUAAAGUUGCAACUCCAUUAAAACUUGCACAAAAUCAGCCUCAAACAGGGAACAAUAAGGCUAUGGCUGUUGCAGGGAUGACCCCAGAAGUUGCCCGACCACUAAUGCUAACCAAGGGGUCUUCUUCUGUUCGCGCUGAGCUUGAACCACCCGACCAGCUGUCCCCCACCCGCUCCAACCGCUCCAGUGACACAGACAACAUGCGUGACCCGUCCUACUAUCUCGAUGGCUCUGAGUCUGUUCCUAGCCUCCAGUCCCCAGUGCCUCUCACGCGGCAAGACCGACGCAGCAGUGCGGAGAGUCUCGUUGAAAAGGUGCUCCAACAAGAAGGGAUGGGACGCUAUAUUGACCCCAGCAUUUUAAGACGAGAAAUUGCAGAAGCUCACGAUAUGACUUUGGAUGAGGUUGAAAGAGCAGCUCAUCAGUUAAGACACCCUGAAGAAAAUGCAAACACUAAAUUGCCCUAUUAUGAACACUUGGGUGGCUACAGCCUUCAAGAACUCAAAGACUACAACCAAUACUCUGGUAAAGAGGAUAUCCAGAGAGAUAAAGGACGAGGCUAUAGCCUUGAGUAUAGUGACGAAGAUGACGCAGUGUACGUGACCACCCUCUAGUACUUACCAUACAAGCUCCUGCUCUAGGGCUGUUUUAUUUCAUUUUUACUGGCGCCACCUAACCGUGGUGACCAAAGGCUUGAGGCCCCGGUGCCACAUGCAAAAUGGUUGCAGGCAUCAAGUAAACUACUGCAAGUUUAGUGUCAACCUGUAGGCAGAUUCAAAGCAAAUACUCACAUGCGCAUGGUUGCCAUAGUGAUAUGAUAUGAUAUGUUGCUAUGGUAACAGCAUCUUAUAGAGAAAGCAAGGACUGGAGGUUUAGACUUAAGAUCAAGUGUCAUCAUCAUUUUACACGAGAUGUAUAAAUAUUAUACAACUGUAUUAGAUGGAAAGUUCAAUCCCUAUUUCUUAACCCUUAAGCUUUGAAGACAUGACUGUCAUUUCCAUUUACAAGAUAUUCUAAACCCUUUAUACGCAUGCAUGUUGAAAAGAAUGGAAAUUAAGGUUUUAAUUUCCAAAGGAUCAAGUUGAUAAACAUGUAAUAUUUAUUAUACACUGUGUGUGUGUUUGUCUAUCACUAUGGUAUUAACUGUUACAUAAAAUGUUUACAUGUGGUCUGGUUAGAUAUUAUAAGGGCACUAAUCUCAUUCACUGUCAUGAAUCCAACAAGGGAUUAAUUUGAUGUAUGGUCUCAUCAUUCUCUGUUGUCUCAUUAUCACACUAAUCCUAGUGUAUCUUCUAACAUAUUGUUCCUUUGGAGAAAUUAAUUAGAGACACAAUAGGCCCCAAUUGCUGCUUAAUUUGAGACAAAGAAACCAUGAUUAGAACGUGAGAAGUUCUAAUACCACAUGGAGCACCAUGUUAAAGACGUGUUGUCAAGUUCCGAUGUUUUACUGAUCACUUUGAGUUCAGGGAUGUCUUGUCGAGAAUGAAUUAAAAAAGAGGGGAAACAUUUUUGAUGUUGUUUCUGAAUUCAGCAGCAUUGAGAAUAAAGCUUAGAUAGUUAAUCAAGCUUUUGCCAUUAGGGCACUUUUCAAAAAAUUCCAACAGGGAUCACAUUUGACCAUUUUUGGCCCAAAAUCACU